AUGGCUGGAGGAAAUGUGUGGCGCCCACCACCUCAUCCUUUCUUCAAAAUGAAUUUUGAUGCUGCCAUAUUCAACGAGAAAGGAAGGUCGGGAUUUGGGGCUAUGAUACGGAAUGAGCAUGGAGAAGUAAUGGCUGCACUUUUUGCUAUUGGGCCAUCAGUCUUGGGUAGUGAAGAAGCAGAAACUUUAGCAUGUAGAAAAGCCAUGGAAUUUGUUGUUGGCGCGGAAUUCUCUGAGCUAAUAAUUGAAGGUGAUAGCAAUAAUGUAAUGAGAGCACUUUCUUCUUCAAGUCCGGGCCUGUCAGUUGUUGGGAAUGUGGUUGCUGAUAUUCAAUGCCUCAUAUGUGGACUAAGGAGGGUAUCAAUUAAUUGGGUUAAAGGAGAUUGUAAUAGGGUAGCCCAUGUAUUAGCUAGAUUUGCUAGUAACUUAAAUAAGGAUAUGUACUAG